AUGGAUGCGCUCGCGCCCACCCACCGCAUCCGACGCCUUCUCCUCCCCACCGCGGCCGCCGCCGCCGCCGGCUACGGCCUCUACCUCCUCUACCACCACCACCGCCGCCGCGUCGCCGCGGUGCUCUCCCUCGCCGACGCGCUCUCCCAGGUCGGCACCGACCUCGCCGACUUCCUCCGCUCCGACUCCGACGAGGUCCCGCAGAGCCUCCUCCAGCUGUCCAAGCUCGCCGCCUCCGACCGCGUCUCCUCCGCCGCCUCCACCCUCUCCGAGUCCGUCGCCUCCGGGCUCCUCCGCGCGCUCUCCUCCCACCGAGAUCCUUCCUCCCCGCCGCUACAAGACCGGAUCUUGGACCGCCUCCUCUCCCCCGCCGGCACCGGGUUCGCCUCCGCUGUCCUCGGGAGCUUCGCCAGGAAUCUCGUGCUCUCCUGCCGCGAUCCCGGGGAGGCUAAGCCCAAGCCCCAGGCCCACCGUGGCGAGCCCGAGUGGCUGGCCGCGCUGUGCAGCGACAGGGGCAAGGAGGCUGCCGCGGAGCUCGUCCGGGUGUUCGUCAGCACCGCCGUCGCCACCUACCUCAACCGCCCCGUCGCCGUCCGCACCUGCACCUCUGACCAGGUGCUCGUCGCCAACCCAAAGCAGGAGGCCAUGCUCAAGGACCUGCUCGUGUCCAUGUGCAACGGCGCCGUCGAGACCUUCGUCAGGACAUGGAGGGAGGCCUCCAAUUCUCAAGCCGAGGUCACCGUGGUGCGCGAGGUGCGCGAUCCAGGCCAUGGCUGUGUGAUGGAGAGGGUCUCGAGCACGCUGGCCGUGCCCAACAACCGGAGGCUCGUGCUGGAUGUGACUGGCAGGGUCACGGCAGAGACAGUCCGGUCGCUCCUCGAGUUCUCCACCCAGCGCGUGUCUGCCGGGGCGCGGAAGAGCAUUGUCGUCGCCCGGAAUGAGGUCGCCGAGAGGGGCCUCGUCGCCGUCAAGUACCUCAGCGCCAAGUCUAUGGCCAUCUACACCUUGUGCCUCGCCAUGUGCAUGCACAUUUCGGUCGGAAUGAGGUUCAUGUUGCCGGCCUAGGCCAGCUUGGUAACAGAGUUAAGUAUGCAGAUUGCAAAUCAGUUGAUCUUUUCCUACACUAGCCUUUUUGUGUGCUAUUGACAAGCAUUGGGGAGUAGAAAUCAGGGGGUUUGUUGUAGCUGUUGGUUUGUUGUUUGUGAUUGUCUGAUUUGGGGUUUAUAUGCGGCAAUUUUAGUGCAGGGUUUGAUCCGGAUUGUGAUCGUUUCUCCUUGUAGUUUUCACCA